UCGGGGAUUUCCCAUUUCGGCCUACGUGUGUCAUGAUUUAGCCCUACUCAGUAAAGUGUGUCAUUCACGAAUUCGAGAUUUCUGUAGACUCUUGACGGAGCAGAAUUUUAAAUAUCGGAUCAAGGCUAAGGUAGAAGACUUCUUGCUACAUCGAAACACUUCCAUAAAUCAUGGUGGAUAAAGAUGCUCUCUUCGAUGAACUUUCAAAAAAAUUCCCAGCUGGGAAGUAUACAACAUUUUGUAAUAAAAUGGGUGUUGGCUACAAUGAAGCAAAGAGCAUGCUGACAAGAUGUAAAGAGGACUACAACGUAGCAUUGAGAGAUCUAUUAGGUCAAUGGGAUGACAGGAUGAAGGGUGUUACCAGGAAGCAAAUAGAAGAUGCUCUCAUCGCUGCAGAGGUUGGUGGACUCUGCUCCAUUGUGAGAAAAUACUAUGAAGCUGACACUAGAGUUGAUGCUGCCUCAGACUUUGGAGCUGGAGAUGCUACUGUUCAGACCACUAGCAGUCAGCGUAUGAACCAAUCAGAGAAAAUGGUUCAUAUGAAUCAAAGAGGUGUGCCUAAUACAUCAGCUGCUACAGGGGAGACUGAAGCCGUUGCCAGUGCAGACAUACGUAAACCUGCCAGACAGCAAAUCAAAAAGGAGGAGGCAGAGAGGAAAAAUGUAAAAAAUGUUGCAUCAGAUGCUGGUGUAGAUGAUGAUGAAGAUGAUGUUAUUGGAGGAGGAGGAGGGGAUGGUUCAAGCAUGCAGACACAGCAGGUGACAGCAGUCAGGCAAAGAAUAAGAGGUGAGGAAGACAGAAAACAAGAAAUGCAGCCAGUCGAGGUGAUGGACUCAAAUCAUGGAGCAGUAAAUAUCACUGGAGAUAGACAAAGAGGAGGAGACCCAACAUCAAACUUCACACUGGAUAGAAGCACAGAGACGAGGGAUGGGGACAAAACAAGAACAACGGUUAUCUGGACAGGAGUGGGCAAAGAACAGAUGGCCUUUCUAGGAAUAGUCUUGUGUGUGGGUAUUGGUUUAUUCAUCUAUAGCCGGCGCAAGCAUUGAUACAGGAUUUUACCUUGGGUAGUUCAUUUGAUAAUUUUAAUAUCAGUCCUCUAUUAAGGUUUUGUAAUGACAGCACUAUACACUGUCACUUUAUUUCCUAUAUUAACUUCUUAUUCUACAGUACUACUUCUACCAAAAUGUUGUGAACUUGUAAUAUAUGGUAAUAAGAGUCGUUGUUUUUCCAUAUGAUUCAUAGUGCCAAUUGUUCUAUAUACAUAUAUAUAACAUGCCUUUGCAUUGUGACAUCAUAAAGAUUAGAGGUAUGCAGUUCACCAUGUGAAUACAGGAUAGCAGUGCCUUGAGCACAAAAUUCCUAUAGGUUUGCUACUUUAUUGGGAUGGUAAAAUGAAGAGAUGUUGAUUGGGUGAUUAGAGCAUGGACCUAUUAGAGAUGGAUAUUCAAUGCUAUCAUCUUCUUUGAUCAAACGAGAUCCGCCACCUAGUGAUUAUGUGUGUCUAUAUCAGAACGAACAGGUGUUUUGACAUUGGCGACUACCAAUGCAUAUCUGAUUAUUUACAAAGACACAGCGUUCCUGGUUUUGGUAUUGUUGGCUGAUUGAUGCCCUGUGUUAGAAAAUGUUUUUCAAUCAACAUUCUUUAGAUUUGAAGCAGCAAAAUUGAGAAGCAGACAAUUUUGUGACAUAAAAUGUGUAAUUAUUUGAUUUAUGCACUUCCACACUUACACAAUGACCUCAAUAAUAUUAAGAGGUAAAUGUUCUGUACAAGAUGUGAGCCAUGUAUCUCUAGAAUAUUACUGGGAAAAUCAGAAAAAUGGGAUUAUAAGUGAUAGACAUUUAAUCACAAUAUGGUCCUAUCUUACAAUAUGCAUACAUUUUUCCAAAUAAAAAACAUGGAACUAGCCAAAGGUAAACCAAAACUGCACUUUGAUUUUCCAGGAUUCAAGUGAUUUAUCAUCUUUUGCGCAAACAGUUUGUUCAAUAUCAAUGUCUGAUCACGAACUGCUUCUUCCAACUCAUGACCCAAUUGACGGCAGAACACGAUAGGAUAAAAG